UACAACGGCAGCUCGCCGAGUUCGACGAAAAAAGUCUUCAAGUGACAAAAGCUGCGCCCAGACGAGAAGGGUUUCGCGAACGUGCCGAUCGAUCGCGUUUCAUCCUCCUCUCCCGAUCGUACAUUCGAAUAUGCAAAAGGAGCAAUGCGGGAACGGCGGAGGGUCGCAGAAUCCUCGAUAUACGAGCGCGAGGAAGGAAGAAGGGGUGCAUGGACCGGUGAGGUCGAACAGGGUUGCUGGGCAUGCGCGGACGUUCCUGUCCUCUCCAGAUACUAUGAGCGGUGGUGUCUACGGCGGAGACGAGGUCGGUGCUAUAAUUUUCGACGUUGGACACCAGAGCCUUCGCGUUGGUUAUGGCGGUGAGGACACGCCGAAGGCUGAAAUCCCGACCACCCUCGGUGUAUGGGAGGACACGGUCGAGGCGCUGGACACCGGUCAGAACGUCAAGAAGCACUACAAUAUCGAUGUCACGGCCAUUCAAGUGCGAAAGAAGGAUAUGGAGAUGGUUAGUUUAAUGAAGGACGGCAUGAUCGAGGACUGGGAGAUGUUCGAGCGUCUAACAGAGUACACGUACAAGCAACGUCUUCACGCUCUUUCCGAGCACCAUCCGAUCCUGAUGACUGAGUGCCCGUGGAACACCCGGCUGAAACGCGAGAAACUGCUGGAGCUGAUGUUCGAGAAAUUCAACGUGCCGGCGAUGUACAUCUGCAAGAACGCGGUCCUGGCCGCGUACGCGAACGGCAGAUCGACGGCGAUGGUUGUGGACAGCGGCGCGACUCAUACGAGCGCGGUUCCGGUGCACGACGGUUAUGUCAUCACACAGGGAAUCGUGAAGAGCCCGCUGGGUGGUGAUUUCAUCACGAUGCAGUGCAGGCAAUUCUUCGAAGAGAAGGAAAUCGAGUUGACGCCAGCCUGCUUGGUCGCGAGCAAAGACGUGGUUCGUGAAAGAGAUCCACCACGCUGGACGAAGAGGGCUGGAGCUCAACCAACGUCUUCCUGGAUGAGCUACAUGGUCCGAGAGCUGUUGCAAGACUUCCAAAUGAAUUGUUUGCAAGUAUCCGACAGCCCGUACGACGAAGAUGUGGCCAACACUUUGCCAAUGAAACACUACGAGUUCCCGACCGGGUACAACGACGAUUUCGGCUCCGUCAGACUGAUGAUUCCGGAAGCCUUGUUCGAUCCCAGCAACGUGAAGGGCGUUGGCGCCAGCAUUCUUGGCGUCGGACCUCUGGUCACGACCAGCGUGGGCAUGUGCGACAUGGACAUCAGACCAAGCCUGUACGGAAGCGUGGUGGUCACCGGUGGUAAUUCUUGCCUGCAAGGUUUUAGCGAAAGACUGAACCGUGAUUUAGCCAGCAAAACUCCCCCAAGUAUGAGACUGAAAAUAAUCAGCGCGAACAGCUCGAGCGAGCGUCGUUACGGUGCCUGGAUCGGAGGAUCGAUCCUCAGCUCCCUUGGAUCCUUCCAACAAAUGUGGCUGUCGCGCCAGGAGUACGAGGAAUCGGGGAAACUGAUUCUAGAGCGAUGCGCGUGAUCAAAAAGUGCUCAAGCAUCAAUCAAAAUUAUUCGUUGUGAUUGUUUUUACAAAUCGUCCGACUGUUUGUCAGUACGUACCUAUUUUGUAUUUGUAUCGUCGACAGAGACAGUCAAUUUCGUUAACGUUACGUUUCGGAUGUUCUUUGAACAGCGUUGAGAGCCAACGUGAGACAAUAUGAGCGAUUGAUAUCAAACGAUUUCUGCGAGAGACGUGUGUGGUAUUUUUGAGACGAUUUGAAACUCGAGUGCAAUUGCCAAAGUUUUUUUUAUAUCGAAGCUGAUCGGUUUACGGGUGUAAUCUUUGUAAAAUUCACAUUGAUGAUAAUUGAAACGCUCUUCGGUGGUGAAGCUUCGGAAUUUUUUUGUUUGGAUUACACGCGAGUGUAAGUUGGACAAAUGCACGCGGUACGCUUCUAAAAGGAAGAAACACAGUUCCUAAUUGCUCGAACAAUCUUUCGUUUGUAAUUCGCGCGUGUGUGAGUAAGGUUUCGAGACGUUAAUUGAUGAGUAGAACGUAGCUACGUGUAUGCAAUGGGUAUUGAAAGAAGAAGCAACCAUUUUGAAAAAGAAUUCCAUUUAUUUCGUUUAUUUCGAACGUUCAUAUACACAACAAGCUACACGUUUGAACAACGUUUGUUAUCCGCUUGUUUUCCACGCUUUUCUACCAUUCGUUGUUGUUUCUCUUAUUUGUUACUGUUUCUAACGAUCAAAAGAAUGAUAUAAAAUUGGGAGGACCGCGAACCGCAAAACAUUCAUUUCGAAACGCGUCACGAGCAGUUCCAAUUCUACAACGACAAAUAUAUAAUAUAUAUAUAAUAUAUUAGAGCGUAGUAAACAAUAUAAUAUCUCGUAUAUAAAUAUAUAUAUACUAUAUAUAUAUAUUUAUAUUUCAAACGUAAAUGUAGGAAACAGUAUUAUCGAUAUAACACAUAUACAAUAUGUAUACUUAGGAAAAGGCGAAUUAUUUUGUUAGAAAAAUGGAAAGGACCUUUUCUCACGAUGGCGACGAACGUUUCGUUGGUCGAAAUUUCCGGUCCUUCUUUAUUUACCUCUCUGCGACUCGGCGUUACAAUUAUUCUAAUUAAUACUUUCGCGUGUUCCAGCGGUUACUGUUCUCGGCGAGGAAUGUUUGAAAUUUCGUUUGUCGCGUGGAUUAAAAAUCCACUCCAUCGGGAAGUAGAGAAAAAGGGAUGAAACAAUUUUCACAAGCCGCGUUAUGAUAUUGUAUCGUGAUCAAGCGAAAUACGAAAUUCGUACCGAUUUAGCGGAAUAACACGAGUUAAUCCUGUCAGCAAUAUUAUGAGUCGUGCACACGAUCGUUUAUACGCGGAAAGAAAAAUAUCGUAAAUCGAACUCGCUGUUUCUCUUCGUCACAACACGCCUACUUGAUGUGGUGUGAAAAUCGAUGCGUUACGCUGACUAUAAAUACUUGACGUCGUUCUCGUUAUCGGAACGAUCAAACAUUAAACGGCGUGAAACCCUACUAGCUAAAGACGCGUGAUAUGGCGCGCAUAAUGCACGCAUAAUGUUAGCCGUAGUCAGAAAAUUCUCGUCGCGUUUUACUCUAUAAAAAAGCGUUUACAUCUUGCUGCGACGCUACGACUACGGCGAUCGGAAUUUUGUUGCACACGCGUGGAUCUUAAAUCGAGACGAGACCUCCUCGUCUACGUCUAAUUUCUGGUUUACUCUGUUGCGCAUUUCGUUCUUUUCUUCUUUCUAUUCCUUCUUCUU